AUGCCUAGUGGUGACAUAUUAGAUCGUUCGUUUUAUCCACCGCUAUCAUCGGAUAUUUUAUCAUGGAUUCGUGAAUUUACGCCCGGUCCACUUACUCCUGAUGAAUUAAAUCAAUUCUAUGAAGAUGGUUUCGUUCUAAAACCCAACUUAUUAACAAAAGAACAACUGGAUUCUGUUAUAAAUGGCCUCGAAAGACUUGUUGACGAAUUAGCCCAGGAAUUAUUCAAAGCAGGUAAAAUAAAUGAUUUAUGUGAGAAUAUCGGUUUUUAUCAACGUUUAACGGCAAUUGAAUCACAGUUUCCAGCGGCAUCUGUUUUACUUCAUAAACGUGGUAUACUACCAGCAGAAAUAGCAGCGCUUUGGUCAUGUGAUGCACUACUAGGUGUCGCUAAGCAACUAUUAGGAACAGAAAUUGCUGGGCAUCCAGUAUGGAAUAUACGAACAAAAGUACCUCAUCAAGAACAAGCAACUGUACCUUGGCAUCAGGACACUGCAUACUUGAAUCCUGAAUGCUGGAAAACUCUUCAAGUGACAGCAUGGAUUCCACUAUUAGAUGCUAAUUUAGAAAAUGGCUGUAUGCAAUUGUUGCGUGGAGGACAUCGUCCUGGUGUAACAUGUGCUCAUAAUUGUUGUGCCGGUGGUACUUGGUACGUUGAAUUGCCAGAAGAAAAUAUGAGCAAAACAUUAGGCAUACCAGUGAAUGAGAAAAGUGUUAUUACAUGUGAGGUACCAUUUGGUUCAGUAUUAUUUUUAAAUAAUUUAAUUCCACAUAAAUCAUUGGAAAACUAUAGUAACAACAUACGAUGGAGUUUAGAUUUAAGAUGGCAAAAACCGAAUGAACCAAAUGGAUUUUAUGGUUUAAAAGAGAAUAUUGUAAUGGCAAAAGGUUCUGAUUUGAAUUAUAAACCAGAUUGGAAUGAAUGGUCAAAGAUAAAUCGUUCUAAAUUACAAGAAGCUGCUGUACAACAACAUAUCAAAGAUCAAAUACCCGAAUUAAAAAAUAAAGUUGAAAGUGAUCCAUUCGAUACGACAAUAGCUGGACCAUGGAUGAAUAAUUGGCCUAUCGUACAUCAUAAUCGGCAUACAGCUGCAUUAACAACAAAUGAAACGAAUUGGCAUAAGUCCUAA